AUGAGUAGGGUAACAAUACUUAAUUACUUAGAAGCUAUAUCAGAGAUUAAGAAAAAUUCUUAUAAACAGAUUUCGCUCCCACAAAAUAUUUAUAUCAACAAUCACAGCUAUUUAUUAGAAAAACAGAGUAGCACUGAUGAACUUUUAUUUCUAGCAAAAGAUGACCAUGAUGAAGAAUAUUUCAUUGAAUGCAUCCCUGCUUCACUUUCUGAUAUUUCAGCAUAUGAGCGAAGAUUUAUUGAAUUAACAGGACUAAUUCAAAGAUUUGGAGUCACUAAAUCUUAUGGAGUUUUCCAAAGCUCUUUUGUCAUAGCUACAAAGGCAGAUAUUAGAAUCACCCUAGAUGAAUUCAAUUUUUUUAAAUCUUGCCUAGAAAUCCCUAAAGCGAUAAGAGAUCAAGCUAAGUUGGCAUUGGAAACAAUUGUAAAAAUCACACGUGAAUUAGGGAAAAACCUAUUUUAUGCUAAAAAGAUUGGGCUGGGGAUCGGGAAUAUUUCGCCAGAGACUAUGUGCUUCGAAUUAGUGAAGAAUCCACAAAACCCGAUUGUUAUGUUAGGAGAAAGAGGGAUAGAAGUUAAAAUUGAUAUGAUUAAUAAAAGUUUUUUAACACAAGAAUACUUGAAGUUCCCAAAUAUUUUCCCAUAUGAGUAUAAAGAUAUUUUAGAUCUGUGAGGAGCUGGAGUAUGCUUAUAUUGUGCUAAAUUCCUAUCCGUGAGAGAACAAAACAAUUUUGUUCGCUCAUGGAGAAGGUUAAUUUUUUUUUAUAAAAUGUAUAUAUAAAUUUUAUAGAAAAUUAUUUUUUUGAAAUUCAAAAUAAUCCUAAUUCGCAAAAAUGGGAAACAAAAAUUAAUUUAAUUUGUAAAGUUUAUGCUUUAAAAUAUAAGCAGUUAUUCAAAAAAAUUAUAUAUUAAAUUUCUUUUAUCAUAAAACUUUUAUAUUUAAAAGUUUUGCUCACUCACCUAGGAUGGGUUUUUACUUAAAACAUAGGGGAGGGAAGGGGAGUAAGGAUUCCUUACUGAUUGAUGAAGUCCCAUUUUUUGCAAUCAUGGAUCAAAGCGAUAGAAGCAACGUAAUAAUGGAAUCAAAUUAUCAGCCCGGGAUAAGUGAACUGAUAGUUGAAAUGCUCUGCAAAAACCGCCAUAAUCCACAAUAUGAAAAAUUAUUCCACAAUUUAACAAAAACUUGAGAUUUUUUAUUAAGUGACACAUGUUUAACUCUUCCUGAUCAAUUUGAAGUCAAAGCUUUAUUUGCAAGUUUUUAUUUUGAGGAUAAAAGCGCCAGGAACAAAGGCUUUGAAGCACUUUUUUCAAGAGAAAAUGAGACAGUUAGGAUGUUUAACGCAUCACCGCACAGAGUAGAAGUAAUAAGCAAAGCGAUUAAAAUUUUUUCAAACUAUGAAGAUCAUGAUUCAAACCAUUAUAUUUACAAUAAUGCACUAUCUACUUUAAACGGCUUAAUUAUCACUCACAGCUGAAUAAAACAGAAGGCUGGGUCCUUAGGAAUCUAUAGGCUACUCAAGGACAAAGUAGGAAUUUCCAAUGGGAAGAUUAGAAAAGAGAUCAUCAAUUUUUUAAUAUUGAUCUGCAAAGAAAAUACACUAACUGGGCUGAUUUUGGCUAAAAAGAAAGGGGUCAUAAGAGAGCUAUUGUACCCUCAAUACUUAAAAGAGUCAAAUUCACUCAUCCCUUUGCUUUCACUCUGUGAGGUAAAAAAAAUAAAAUUGCAUUUUGAUUUCAAAGUGAUUGAAGGAGAAAACAAUAAAAUCCAAGCUCUGGCAAAUAUCCCUAUCCAUUUUAAACGGCAGCGGCCAGAGUUUUUAUUGGACUUAGUCCAAAGCAUUAUGAAUCCGAUGGUAGAGGUCCCAACUCUGCAUUUAGAUUUUCACAGUUGCCUUCAGUCUUCAUUAGAAAUUAUUUAUGAAAUAUUAUUUAAAAGCAAGCAAGACCAAGAAAUCAACCGAAGUGGAGAAUGCUGUAAGCUUUUCAAUAUCCAGUACCAAGAAAAUGACGGUGAAUGCUGCAAACUUUCAGCUACUGACUAUCAAUAUAACUCAUUCCCUUUAAUAGUUACAUGCUCAGAGUGUCAAAAACAAUUUUGCUUAACCUGUUCAAGGUUUCAUGCCUCUACAUAUAAAAACCACAUAAUGAAAUAUAUUUUAUACCCUCAGCCAUCUAAAUCAAUGUGCAGCUGUUCUAAUAGUCAUGACCAUAUCAUUUACCCUUCUGUAUUAUGUGAGCUUAAAGAAUACACAAAUUUAAUGCUUUUCGCACAAUUAAAUAUGGAAUGUAUGAGUUAGGGGUCUCGUCCCCUAUACUUGUCCUUGUGAGGGAAGUUCAACCUUUCUGAAGGAAAAUCAGGGUUGGGACUGCUCCGGCAGCCACAAGUGUGCUUGAAUCACAUUCAAGACAUGAAGAGAGACUCUUCCAGGCCAUAGGCAACUGUAACGGUUCGACGGUUAGACCGAUUCCACCUACCGUUGUUCAGAGCUGUUAGCUAGUGGAUGGAAUUCAUGAAGGAAGAGCUUGUUUAGAUUGAUCCUAAGCUAAGUGGGGGUCUACAAAGAGUUAUCGUAAUCUUAAUCUUAAUCUUAAUGCUUUUCGCUUCACAUGGGACUCAAAAUAAAUACAAUUUUUCAAGCGAUGACGUGUCAGAGGAAAUUAAUAUAACGAGCACUACAGAAAUUAUUAUCUAUAAUGAUGAUAUUAAUCCGAUAUACUGUGCUAAAUUAAAUGUAGCUUAUAUAUAUGAGAAAAUUCUAAGACUGUGGUCUCUAUUUUAAUAUUUUCAUGAAGGGGAAGCUAAUUUUGUAAAAUAUAACAAUUUUUUAUUAUGAAAUUGAAAUAAAAUCAGCAGGCUGGAGCGAAGAUAUAAAAAUAGGGAUUGAUGGGACUGGAAUAGAAUACCAUGGAAAUACAGGAAAUAUACUUCACAAUGACAAAAGUAUAGCCUAUGGGCCAAGAUUUGGCACAAAAGAUACAGUAGGGAUCGGAAUAACUUCUAGCUAUGUCGUGUAUUUCACUUAUAAUGGGUACAAUUUGCAUAUAUAUUUCCCAUGUGAUCCUAUAAGAGAAAUUCGGCCACUCAUUAAGCUGAAAGGGGAAAAUAUUUCUAUUCAAGUCAAAUUUUCAAAUUUUUCGAUAGAUUCGAGGUCCUAUCCUGUCAUUCCUCCAAAUAAAAUUGCGUCUAUUAUCCAAGAUAUCGAAAAUUGAAUAAAUUACUACGUUUACAUGCUUGUCCCAUACCCCAGAAUCGGCGCAAACAAAGAUCAAAUAUAUUCAAUCCUUCGCGAUUUGAGCUCACAGCUUCCUAUAAGUUUUCCAUCCUUUAAUAAUUCAUUUAGAAGAUCCAGAAGACAUGAAUCUUGCUUAUUAAUGUAA